GGUACUUAAACCCAUGUGAGUCCUCUAAUCUGACCGAAGGGCCUCAGUGCAACUUCAAUAUUUCCUUAUCCUGCUCCGUAGUACCUAAACCAUGAAGAACCAACCGUUACUAAGCAAGCCGUUUCUGACUUCUCUAUUCCUCGGAAUAGGUGACUUUCUCUAUGGCUACGAUUCGGGAAUCAUUACGCCGAGUUUGGCACUGAAGUCCUUCCUGGUUUACUUCGGGCAGCCCGAUGCUGCCACCCGCGGAGCAAUCGUCUCAGUUUACCAAGCUGGAGCAUGGCUUGGCAGUGCUUCGGUUGGUUAUACCAGCGAUAGGUUUGGCCGACGCAAGGCCAUAGCGUUCGGAUGCAUCUGGGGUACGCUCGGUUCGGCGCUCAUGGCCGGAGCUGCCCACGUCGCUAUGCUCAUUAUGGGCCGCCUCUUAGUCGGGUACGCUGUUGGAACAGUUACAGGCGUGGCUCCCGUUUUCGGUGCCGAAAUUGCAAAGACACACGAACGCGCGAAGAUCACAGCAGCUAAUCAGAUGAUGGUUGCUUGGGGAUUUUUCGUCGCAUUAUGGACCGGAGUUGGCGAAGGCAAAUGGAACAACCCUAACCAAUGGAGACUAGGAUUUGCUAUCCAAGGCGUCCCGGCUGUUCUACUUGGCCUCGGAGUUUUAUUCAUCGGCGAAUCUCCAAGAUGGCUAUGCUUGAAGGGCCGCCACGAGGAAGCAAAGGAAGCAUUCCGUAACUACCACUACGACGGGUCUAACGAUACGUGGGUUGACACCGAGUUCACUAUUAUCCAAGUAAAUAUCGAAGAGGAGAGGAAGGCCCAAGGUCGCCUGUCAUGGGCGGAUCUUUUGAAGACUCCGGCAUUCCGAAAGCGCCUUUUCGUGGGAUCGUUUGUAUGGGCGGCUGCUAUGUUAUCGGGCAUAUCAUUCGUCCAGUACUACCAAACAGCCAUAUACGCAACUCUCCAGUUUGAUCAGAAUGAGCAGCUUCUCGUCAGUGGCCUCUACGGAACUGUAGCGCCCGUGGCUUGCCUUGCGUCUCUCUUCUUCGUCGAUCGAAUUGGCCGGAAGAAGAUAUUGAUAACGAGCUCUGCUCUCCUCUCCCUUUGCUACAUGAUAAUUACUAUCCUCGCCGCAGUCUACCCGGCACGCCCCGGUUUACCCACUAACGUUUCGGCGCAAAGGGGUCUCAUUGCUUGCAUCUUUGCUGUUUCGGCAAACUACUCGGCUCUCCUUGGUCCGAUGACCUGGAUUAUUCCUCCUGAGGUUUUCACUACGGAGCUACGAGCCAAGGCGAACGCUUUGGUCCAGGUUAUCCACUACUCUAUUAGUCUAAUUAUCACGCAGUGCUCGCCUAUAGCACUCGCGGCGGUUGGAUGGAAAUACUAUAUCCUAUUCAUCCUUACCAAUGUACUCUGCGCUCUCGUGUUUGCCUUUGCGUAUCCCGAGACAAAAGGAAAAUCGUUGGAAGAGAUUGACGAAAUCUUUGGAGAUGUAAAAGUGUUUUACAGUGGUAGUGCCAAGUUGGCUAAUGACGAGGAGAUUGCCGUCGAAACUUUGGAAGUUAUCGACAAAAAGAAUUAGUCGUCUUGAAUUCAAAGCAUACCUGGUA